AAGUAACAACUCUCCGUACACAAAUUACAUCCUACACAAAUCAAAAACAACUUUUGAUGUCGGAACAGACGAUGUUGCGCCAGAAAUUGGAAGCCAUUGAGAAAGAAAAAUCACUUAGAAAUGCUGAAACUAAAAAAAAGAAUGCGGAAUUGAAGAUUCUAAAGGAACUUCGAAUGAAGAAUGAGUUGGAAGAGUUGUUUGGAGUACCAAUUUUCAAUUGGGAUUCUAUCCGACAUCCAAUAUCAAGUCGUCCCAACUUAGGUCAAGAGAAGUAUAAUGUUGACGAAACUUCACCAGAAAUAAUGAAGGUGGAAAUGCCACCAAUAAAUGAGGUGGUGUUACACGCUAAUAAUAUGGAUUUUCUAGCACCCAGCGACGGCCCUGCCCAGCCAUUCGGGAGGGAAUAAUUAAAAUUAAAUAAUUCUAGGGAGAAAAUAAUGUUAUUUGAAUAGAAUAAUCAUUU